AUGUUUCCAGCCUCCCGUUCCAAGAGAAGAGAAGAGGGAGAUCGGGCUUAUAUAAAGGAACCUUACCUCGCAAGCGAUGUGGUGUCGAUCCCAGUGAGCUGCAAGCAACAAGCCAGCAGUCUUCAAAUACUUGCCAUCAUGAGCCCCUCCUCCACCUCUCUUUCCAAUCUCCUCGGCCUGGGCUACAUUGCUGCCCGUGGUCAGUCCUCUGUUGGCGGAAACCUCCCGCUCCGUGCACGGUACUCGUCGGCAACGACCACAGGCGGGACGACAAUGCACAGCCAGUCUGCACCUCGAUCUGCCGCCGCCGCCGCCAAUACCAUUGCCCAACCAGGCAAAUGGAGGCGUCUGGUCUCGACGCCAAAGGGCCGGGUGUAUCUGGGCCUGGGGCUUGUGCUGCUCGGAGUGCUGGACUGGGAGAUUUACACGUGGUACCGUGGGACACAGGGCAGCGGUCUUAUCGCAAAGGACAUGUGA